AUGUCAAUGAACGAGUUUCAUUUCAACGAAACGCCUACCCAUGCCACGCUUGCUCAAUAUCCAACGGACACGGUCACCUUUUUCGUGAACAAUGUGAACGAAUUUGUCAAGUGGUUCAAUGAGACAGCCUGUUCUCAUGCUUCUUGGACCUAUAAGAAGAUGCAUCGAAAUAAGAAAAAGGGCAUACCUGGUGCUGAUGAGUACAACAGAACAAACCAUUGUACUAUUGCCCAUAUUAAAUGCUGUCUAUCUGGCUUUCCACCCGUCAGAGAUGAGCGUCAGCCAAAGAAAGGAAACAGACGUAGUAAGAAGGUCAACUGCAAAGCCGCUAUUACUGCUUUUUUCAUGUUGGAUGGAAGAAUUAAAGUGAUCUAUGAGUGGAAGCACCAAAAUCAUGAUCCGGUCAGCGAAAAAGCAAAAAAAGAGAAACGUAGGCAACGCUCUCUUGCUAGACAAACUGCCACAAAACUGCAUUGA